AUGGCAGGAACUGGAGACUUUUAUUCAACGCUCGUCGCCAACUGCUUCUUCAACGCUUUCUUGCUUUUCACAGCCUUGGUUUUAAACAUCAUAACAAUACAAGCCCUAAGAAAAAUAUCAUCAUUUCCAAAGCCUUUAAAAACAUUACUCCUGAGUCUCGCUGUUUCUGAUCUUGGUGUUGGUUUGCUUGUCCAUCCUCUCUAUAUUGCACGUCUUAUAAUAAACAUAGAACAGAGCGCUAACGAAAGACUCCAUUAUACGGUAUAAACAGCGCAGCGCCUUUUUGGCUAUUUACUGUGUGUUGCUUCACUCUUGGGUAUCACUGCUUUAACUGUCGACAGAUUCUUAGCUAUUCAUCUUCAUCUCAGAUACCAGGAACUUGUGACUCACAAGCGUGUUGUUGCUGUAGUAAUUUCAGUUUGGGUGUAG